UUGUGGGGUUUCUUACAGAAGGAAGUCAUCACCUGGGCUUGGGAGCUUUUGACGGAAGUCUACGAGAUCCCAGCUGAUCGCCUUUAUGUUUCGUACUUUGGUGGAGAUACGAAGAGUGGUAUCCCAGCUGACGAGGAGGCAAGGAGCAUAUGGCUCAGUCUAGGGCUGCCGGAUAAUCGAAUACUCCCAUUUGGAAUGAAGGACAACUUCUGGGAAAUGGGUGAUGUUGGACCGUGUGGCCCUUGCUCGGAGAUCCAUUUUGACAGGAUCGGUGGGCGCGAUGCUUCUCAUCUGGUCAACGCAGACGACCCGAUGGUUGUUGAGAUCUGGAACCUGGUCUUUAUACAGUUCAAUAGAGAAGAAAGCGGUGAUCUGCGUCCUCUCCCUGCGAAACAUAUCGAUUGCGGACUUGGUUUGGAGCGAUUGAUUGCUGUUAUUCAAGAAAAGACAUCCAAUUAUGACACUGACAUGUUCCAACCUAUCUUCAAAGCCAUUCAAGAAGGAACUGGAACACGGCCUUAUACCGGUAAAGUAGGAGCUGAUGAUGUUGACGGAAUUGAUAUGGCUUAUCGUGUUGUGGCUGACCACAUUCGAACUCUGACAAUUGCGCUAUCCGAUGGAGGUCGUCCUGAUAAUACCGGGAGAGGGUACGUACUGCGCCGUGUCCUUCGAAGAGGUGUUCGUUAUGCAACGGAGAAGCUUAAUGCUCAACCUGAAUUCUUCGCUUCUUUAGUUCCCGUUGUUAUAGAGAUUUUAGGUGACACGUUCCCGGAGCUCCGCCGUGAUCCCGAAACCGUUCGAGAUAUUAUAAAUGAUGAAGAACAGCAGUUCUUGAAAACUUUGGUCCGUGGUCGCAGACUGUUCCAACGCGCCGUGGCUGGUCUAGGAGCUGAUGAGAAGACAUUCCCUGGUGAUGUGGCUUGGCGUUUAUACGAUACCUACGGAUUUCCUGCUGACCUUACUCAACUGAUGGCAGAAGAGAAAGGGUUAACCGUCGAUCAGAAGGCUUUCGAGGAGUGCAGGAAGAAGGCAGUGGAGUUAUCAGCUGCUGGAGCUGGGAAGUUCCGCGACACGUUAGACCUGAACGUCCAUGCCAUUGCUGAGCUCCAAAAGCAAUCUGACCAAAGAUAUAUUCCUGAAACCCAGGUGAAAGAAGCUGAGGAAAUUGUGCAAUCAAUCAUAAACACCCGUGAACCAGUUUACGCAAAAGAAGCUCCGUUACCCCAGGCCCGAGAAAUAUCCGGAUUGAGAGCAAUGUUCGAUGAGAAUUAUCCUGAUCCAGUUAGAGUGGUAUGCGUUGGAGUACCAGUAGAAGAACUUCUGGCGAAUCCGAAAAGUGGUGCCGGUUUGAAGACAACGGUGGAAUUCUGUGGAGGAACGCAUCUCCACAACGUCGGACAUAUCGGACAUAUGGUAAUCUCAUCCGAGGAAGCUAUUGCCAAAGGAAUUCGACGGAUUGUAGCUUUGUCGGGACCAGAAGCUGAAAGAGCGAUUCAUCGAGCAGAUAGACUAGCAGCAAGGGUCAAGACCAUAUCAGAAGAAAUCUCGGCGAAUAAAAACAUAGCCAUGGACUCUGAAAAGUUCAAGGCAAAAUCCAAACAAGUCCAGGAGCUGAUUGAUGUAAGAAAGCGUUCAGUUUUGUGCUGA